AUGCCUGUCACUAUCAAGAGUCGCUCUAAAGGGUUGAGGGACACUGAAAUCGAUCUGUCCAAAAAGCUUACUUUGGAUGAUGUUCUAAAGCGAAUCUCUGAAAACAAUAGAAACAUCAGUAAGUAUAGGAUUAGAUUAACCUAUAAGAAGGAAAGUAAACAAGUUCCAGUUAUUUCCGAAUCCUUUUUUCAAGAAGAGGCUGAUGACUCAAUGGAAUUAUUCAUCAAGGAUCUGGGCCCCCAAAUUUCGUGGAGAUUAGUCUUCUUUUGCGAGUAUUUGGGUCCGAUUUUGGUUCACUCUCUUUUUUACUACCUAUCUACAAUUCCAACAUUCGUCGAUAGAUGGCAUAGUGGUAGUUCUGAAUACAAUCCAUUUUUAAACAGGGUUGCAUAUUCUUUAAUUCUAGUGCAUUAUGGUAAGAGAUUAUUUGAAACUUUAUUUAUUCAUCAAUUUUCUUUAGCCACCAUGCCAAUUUUCAAUUUGUUCAAAAACUGUUUCCAUUACUGGGUUUUAAGUGGUCUCAUUUCAUUCGGCUACUUUGGCUACGGCUUCCCAUUUGGAAAUGCUAAGUUAUUUAAAUAUUACUCUUAUCUGAAAUUGGAUGACUUAAGUACGUUGAUUGGUCUCUUUGUCGUUUCAGAACUAUGGAAUCUCUACUGUCACAUUAAAUUGCGCCUCUGGGGUGACUAUCAAAAGAAACACGGUAACGCUAAGAUCCGCGUCCCAUUGAAUCAAGGUAUUUUCAAACUUUUUGUCGCUCCUAACUAUUCCUUCGAAGUUUGGUCCUGGAUUUGGUUUACCUUUGUCUUCAAGUUCAAUUUGUUUGCCGUUUUAUUUUUGACCGUUUCAACUGUCCAGAUGUACGCAUGGGCUCAAAAGAAGAACAAAAAGUAUCAUACUAGAAGAGCAUUCUUGAUUCCAUUUGUUUUUUAA